UAGGCACUCUGGAGUCUGUUUCCUGGGACUAGAACCAGUACUUGGUGUUUAUGGGGAAGAUAUGAACAGAAGAACGCUCCAUCAGUGAUCUAACCAGUGACCUUCUGGUCGCUAAGCGGACACCAUAUCCAAGCCACAGUGACACUAUAUAGAUCUGUUUACACCAUUUUGACCUUUUUAGUAUUUGUAAAGCCAUUUAAUAAAGACUUUAAAUCAAAUUAAAAUCUGUGUCCUUUAUAUGCCUUUAAUCCCUAAUGCUUAUUCUGGGUUGUUUUUGUUGGUGUUUUUUUACUUGGCUGAAGUAAAUUUUUAAAUUUUCUGUGUUAAAUACUGUUUACACUAAAGAAACAAACCUUGGUUUUUGUAGAAGGAGCGUUUUACAGAUGUGGCAAAGGUGCGGUGUAGUGGGAGGUAAGGGGGGUGAAGCUUUUUGUCGUUCCUCCUCUUACGGGGCAACGAAUUCGCGGACCAGAUGGGGGCGAUGGCGGGAAUGGAGGUCAUGUGAUAUUUACAUGUACUUCACAGAAAAACUCCCUUAGCCAUCUUACCCCAGUGAUAAAAAGCUGUGGACGGAGAAAAUGGCAGAGGCAAUAAAAUGCAGGGGAAGAAUAGUGACCCACCUUUAUAUUGAUGUCCCACGGGGUACAAUCGUAAGGACUGAAGAUGGGGCUGAACUGUCCACUCUGGAAGAAGAGAGGGACUACUACAUUGCUGCGAGGGGUGGGGCAGGAGGCAAGGGCAACGCCCACUUUGUAUCCAGUGCUGACACCACUCCACGGUUUGCGCAGGAAGGGGCCCUCGGAGAAGACAGAAUGCUGUAUGUGGAACUGAAAAUACUGGCACACGUUGGUUUGAUAGGAUUUCCGAAUGCAGGUAAAUCCACCUUGCUGAGAGCAAUUUCAAGAGCGCGACCAAAAGUGAGCCCAUACCCGUUUACAACGUUGCAUCCACACAUCGGCAUGGUGGUGCAAUACGAGGACCUUGAGCAGGUGGCAGUGGCUGAUAUCCCAGGACUCAUAGAAGGUGCCCACAAGAACAAGGGGUUAGGGUUCGCAUUCCUGCGUCACAUUGAACGAUGUCUGUGCCUUCUGUAUGUGAUAGAUCUCUCAUUGGACGAGCCAUGGGCACAGCUGGAUUGUUUGAAAUACGAAUUAGAGCAGUAUCAGGAUGGCUUGUCAGAAAGGCCUAAUGCUGUCAUUGGAAACAAAAUGGACUUACCAGAAGCGGCGGCAAAUUUUAAAGAACUUCAGAAGCGUGUGAACAUUCCAGUGAUACCGAUUUCAGCAGAAAAGAAGUUAAUAUUGAAGAACUUCUUGUGCAUUUGAGAAGUCUCUAUGAUUUACAUAAGAGUGAUAUAUUAUGAUGAUAUCAUUUAUGAGAUGCACUAAUUAAUAACAGGAGAUUUAUUAUAAUUUACUUAUGAUGUAAAUGUUUAGAUAUUGCUCAUUGUCUGUCAGUCAGCAAUUCAUGUCACUCGGGUUCCAGUUAUCAGUGUACACGUCUAUGGAUUGCAACGUGAAAUCGUGCAUGUAAUAUUUCGCUGUAAGUCAGUGAAUCUGAUCAAAAUAUUUAUUGGGAUAAAUCAAUUUAUUAAAACCAUUUUUAAUAUUGAUAACUUUCAUGUUGAUGAUGUGUGGAAAGAUGUAGGAUCUUGAGGUUACAGCAACUCAACUCAUGGCACGUUUAUUCACCAGUUAAUAAAUAGUUGCAAAUUUACUGAAUUUCAAACUUCAUUUUUAUACAUGUAAAGAAGAAAACAGGGCAAGAAUAUGUCUAGCAAAACAAUUAUAUGUGGAAAUCAUUGAACAAUCAUGUAUCUCCUUCCCUAUUGAUGCUUCCUUUAGGAGAGCAGCAGGUUACUCAGAUUACCAAUUCAUGUCAUUGGUGUUUCUGUUGAGUUCUGAUUAACUUCUCUCUUUAACCCUUUACCACUAUGAUACAUAUUUUGAGGCAUUUGUUGUCCCUCAGAAAGUUACAUUUAAUUAAAUACCUUUCUUACUAGAUUCAAGUGUAAAGGCUUCAUUGCAAACCUUAGUCACUGAUAAGCAGCAAACAGAAUAAAACCUGAACAGACUGCGAGUUACUCACAGCUUUUCUGGUUUUAUGCUGGUUGCAAAGCCAUUUUCACUGUGCUUCUUAUGAGGGAAAGAGUAAACUCGACUUUAUACAUCUUACAUCACUAGUUGACCUUGACUAACAUGAUUAUCAACUUAACAAUGCGAUUAUUUGGCAGUUAACUCGCUUAUAUUUUCUAUUUUAACUGUCCAUCCAAUGAUGUUUUAUAAUUUGCAUAUUGUAUUGUAGUAAAGUAGUAAGUUAUGUGUAACAGAUACUUUAGAACCUUCAUAAAUAUUAUCUAAAACUCA